UAAGCCCACGGUGAGUAGUCUUCAAACGGGUGAAAUGAGCGAGUGUGCGUCACGCGCCCGGCGCGGCUGAACGUUCCAGAGAGACAGAGAGAAACAGUGAGAGAGAGAGCGAGAGAGACGUUCACCGGCGGGCUGACUGGGUUCACUGUCAGCGUGGCUCGAGGUCGACGUGUCCCGCCCUGUGGGAAGCUUCCGCAAACAGAGCGCCAGUGGACCGGCUAGGAGAGCUGCGCAGAUGUGUCUACACACCUGGAAAGAGUGACUUGGUGGUUGUUAAAAGACUAUUUUAAGGGCAAACAGGCGCGUGGAGACAUAAUACGCCUCCGAUGGGGAGGUCACACUGAGAAGGACCUUUGUUUCAAUAUUCACCUCUAAGAUAUAUCUCAGUUCUCACAUCCAGCAUAGAAAACUUUGGGACUGAUCUUGUUUUAUUAUUACUUUAACUCAUUUUGGUGACCUAAAGAGAAGAUUUCCAACAUCUACCUGGACAAGUGUGAGUUGGGUGGAGUCCACCAUGUCCUCCAGAGGUAAGCAGGACUCGUGCCAAAUAUGUGGCGGAGCUCUGCAGGGAAACCAGAGGCGAUGGCUGUUUGGUGCCCAAAACAGGAAGGCCGGUGGGGCUCAUACCCCGACGGGGUCCCUGAGAGUAGGAGGAGGCUCGUCCCGGUCCUCGCAGAGCAGCCCCUGGGGCAGCACGGUGUCCCUAGGUUCGUCCGUGUCCCUCUCCCAGCUGUCCCUCAGCUCCCCGUCCAAAGCCGCGGACCCGCUCGCCAUUUUGACCCACAUCCUCGGGCGGCCCGUCCCCCGAGGCGGCGGGCGGGGGGAGUUUGUGUGCGGCAAAUGCGUGAGCGUCCUGGAGCGGGUCUUCAAGUUCGACUCGGUGAUCGCCCGGGUGCGGGUGCUCUCGUCAGAGAGGCUGCAGAAACUGACGCAGGAGAGGGACAAGGUCAGGCAGUGGGUGCGCCAGAACUACUACCAGAGACACCCGGGGGACGUCCGCAGCGGGGGCGGCAGCACCAGCGAGGAGGACGGCGGCGAGGCGGAGAAGGAGGGCUACAGGGAGAUGCUCAAGGAGAACAUGGCGCUCUCGGCGUACGAGUGCUGGUCCGAGAAGUGGGACGCGUGCCCGUAUUUCACAAGGACGGGGAAGAGGUGCAGAAAUGGAAAAGGCUGCGAGGGCUGCGACUCCCUGCGGGUGUCCGACUCGGACUACGAGUCGGUGUGCGGCGUCCCUCGCCGCUUGCCCCUCCAGCCCUUCUCGCCGUUGGCGCUGUCGCGCGACAGGUCCCAGAGCAUGCCCCUUCACUGGCACAGGGUGACGUCCCUCGGCUCUGACCCUUCCUCGCCGGCGGGGUCCACCCUGUCCCUGCAGACGUCCUCCCGCACAGAGUCUGUCCACUCGCUGGACUCCCUCGACGGCAACGACCCGUUCGACCCGCCGGGCGUGCGCUCCACAAACUUCUGGUUGAUGGAGCUGCGGGGCAUUGAGGGAACGCCGGUCUGCUCGCCGUCGGGGAGCAAGAUCCCGGUUCUGGACAGGAAGCACUCGGGCGCGGGCGGAGGCGUGGGGUCUCCUUCGGUGAACCGGGCGCUGCGCUUUGGGGGUGUUUGGGAGAACGGAGCGGGGGACGUGGACGGGGAGGACGCGCAGCUGAGUGACGAGUUUGUGCCUCUUCAUCGAGUUGGCUCCUCUGGCAGGGUUCACCACGCUGUCAGGCACCUGCGAGGCCAGCUGGAGGGCCACAAAUCUGAAAUCAAUGGAUCACACAACGGGAUCCCUUCGCUCCAGGAGGCCGAGGAGAAGGAGGGCGGCGGCGGUGCCCUCCUGCAGAGCCUCGGUCGCUCCUUGCACAGCCGGGAGCGGGUGAUCCAGGAGGUUGUGGGUCUGAUCAGAAGACUGAGUGUUGAGGACGGAGCAGGGGUGGAGCUGGCCAACAAGCUGACGGAGUAUCUGAAGGAAACUCAAUCCAACGACAAGGCCGCGCUGCAGACUCUGACUUCUGAAGCGACUGAGAAGGAGCGGAGCUUGGCGAGCGAGAUCGAGGCACUGCGAAAGGCCGGAAGAGACCGAGAGGGAGACCUGGACACGCUCAACGCCGUGCUGCAGUGCAACCGGGAUAUUCUCAACGACCUGCGAGUGUCUCUGGAGGAGAAGGAGUCUCUGCUGAAGGAGGUGGAGAAAAAGCGGGAGGUGUGGAGGCAGAGGGAACACGCCCUCGCCGCCGUGCUGCAGGAGAAGGAGGCUUUGAUCCGGGAGCUGGUCAGCUCUCAGAAAGGCGGGCAGGGGUUUGCUGGAGACGUGGAGGGAAAUGGCGCCACCUUGUGCACCGAGGUCACCAAACUCACCACAGCCCUGCAGGAGUACCAGGACAUGGUGCAGAAUCAGCAGGCGAGCCACAGUCAGACGGUGUCCUCUCUGAGGGAUGAACUUGGGGAGACUCGGCGAGAGCUGAGGGCAAAAGAGAAGGAGAAGAAGGAGGCGGACAGAACCGGGCGGAACGACAGGGAGGACCGAGACAGAGAGCAGCGGAAACUGAGGGACAGUCUGGAGAAGAGAGACCGACUCAUCGAGCAAAUCCUGUUGGACGCCGAGAAUCGUGACGGUUUGUUCGUGGAGCUGCAGCAGAACCUGCAGAACAUCUGACCGCCGUCCAGCACGCCCUGUGAGGGAGGACGACUCUCCGACCGGACACACCGAGGACCAAGAUUACUGUUUGCACUUUCUGCACCGACUUUGAGCCUCUCCAGCAUUACAGUGGUGGACAUUACGUCUAUUUAAUAUUUAUCCCGCUACAUUUUAGAGGUUUGCUUUUUGGGGCAAUUUUCCACGUUAUUACUUGAUUUUCUGGAGCGACUCAGUAUUUUCAGACUUGAGUCAAACAACCAGAUUGUUUUCGGUGGAGAGAACUGGAUGUUUAUACUUUAUUUGCAAAUCAGCCGAUUACUGUAUUUAUUUUUUAUCUAAUAGGUCUGUUCAGGCAGGGAUGGAAUGUGAUUUUGCACAGCGGGAUUGCUGAUAAAUCUUUCUGAAUGUGGCAAUUGUUUGUCGAUCCUGAGUUGCUGUUCUGCUGACAUUGCUUUAAAUCUAAGUAUAUUUCCGGUUUCUCUUUCUCAGUUUGUUUAUGAAGCUAUCACAGCACUCUUGACGGGAAGUAUAAAAUUCAUAUUUUUAACCCCUUUUCUGCUUUUAGGUCACUUUUUUUUGUACUUCUUACUUUAUCUUAAUUGUCUACAUGUUUUGUGUUGUUAGUGUCGGACUUCACUUAGAAACUUUUUUUCUUUUUUGUAGCUCAAGAGAAUUAAAACUCUGAUCCAAAGUA